ACAUAAAUUUGUCCGAUUACGGCUUAUCGGUCGAUCGAGAUCGAUCUGAAGCCUUUAAUUUUUAAUCAUCAUAUUUUUUUUAACGAUCUUUGCCGAACCUACAAAAGUCUUCGUCUCGUGUCGUAGGCGAAUUUGCUCUUUCGUCUGUCGAAUGAUCAACGAUCUAUCGGCAGCAAUAUCGCCUCUGUUCGCUUUUCUUUUCAUUUCCAAACGAUUAGAAUUUAUUUCUUAUAGUAUCUGCCCCUUAAAAUCGAACUAUUAAUAAAAAUCGAACGUCGAGAAUGUGGGCGAACAUUUAUGUGAUUAGCGUUCUGUAUGUGAUUGGAACUAGUGCAUCCUGGGUAGAUAAAAUGGACGUCGGAGACAACAAGAGAAAUCUGCUAGGACAGAAAACGACAAUGGUUACAAAAUCAAACACUGUCACUGACUCGAUGUAUAAUAUCGACGAAGACGAUUCAACGAAUUUAGACGGUACUUACACUACGGAUUCAUACGGAAUCGAAUUAAAGUAUUCAGACAAUGAUAGAGAGAUGGAAACACAAUCGUCCAAAAAUGAAGAGAAAGAUCACGAUAGUUUUAUCUAUAUUAGUGGUGCAGAGAACGAGGAUACCGAGGAUAAUGGGAAGCAAACUUGUGUCAGUGCAGGUUUCUUCCCCGAUCCUGAGGAUUGUUCAAAAUUUUAUAGAUGCGUGGCAACUGGAGUGACUUUAGUCAAGCACGAGUUCUCCUGCCCUUCUGGAACACUUUGGGAUAAUCAGUUGGUAACUUGUAACUUCCCAGACCAGAUACAAAACCUAGACACAUGCAAACGCUUGGGGAAUUAUAACAUAGCAGAAUUCGGGAAAUUUUUAACGCCCAGAAUCGAAGACAGUUCUACAAUUGGCGAUCUGAGCAAAGAUAGGUUCACUAUCGUUUGCCCAAGCGGUUUUCGCCAGCACUCGAAAUAUUGCAAUCUAUUUUAUCAGUGUAUUAUCAACAAUGAAAUGCAGGGGAGUGUCAUAAUGUUCGGGUGUCCAGACGGCACCAUCUUUGACCAGGAAAGAUUGCUGUGCGUCGACAUGACACACGAUUGCACGGAAUUUAAAUUUGACGAACAGCCUAAUUCGAUUAUAAUCUUUCACCCUGCGAAUGAUGUAAUAUGUCCGGAGGAAGGUCAGUUCCCAUACAGCAAAUUUUGCACCAGCAAAUAUUUCAAAUGCAUACGCAACGAAGACGGAAUUCUCGAGGGAUAUUUAGUAGAUUGUCCGGUUGGGAAUGUGUAUUCGUCACUUUCGAAUUAUUGCGUACCUCCGGCAUUAUACCGACAUUGCAUGGAUUACUACCAGGUCUAACUACUCGAUCUUAACUAUUUUUUUAA